AUGCAAGAUCCACCCGUAUCGGCUUCGAAAGAUCUCUUUCCUUCAGAUAAUCCUAUCCAAUCUUUGUCACAAUACGACAACAUGUCCAACGAAGACAAGGCACGGGUGUUAAUGGCAUUGAGCAACUUUGACGGUAAGCUCCCACGACCACGUACCGUACGUCAAUCGCAGCGUAUGGGUGCAGGAAACGCUCUGGAUGCGUUGUUGCUUCCCUUGGUGGACGAAUCCGUUCGUCGACAGUAUCAGAUACGGGAUGCGACCCAAAAGGGCGACAUGGACUUGGUACGGACCCUGACCGAAGAAAAAAGUCAGCGUCAAAUUGCCAAAGAAAAGGCUGAACAAGCCCGCGAGAAGCAGGCCGACGAUGUCGCCGAUUGGUGGGAAGCCGAAGCCGAAUUUUUGGAAGCACUGCGUGCGGAUGCCACACAGGACGAAGGUUCCUAUUCGCGAUUUCUUGAUCGGGACGAUUGGUACGAACGAUCGCGGCAACAGCAGGCAAAGCGAGUUAAUAAGAAGCAGUUUGGCAAUUUACUGGACGGCGUUGAGUAAAACUUGGCCUCUUGCAUUGCCUUUGAAGCUUUGGAUUCAACAAGUAGGACAGAAAAAGGUAAAAUCCAGUACUUCUGUGGAAGGUGUUGUCAACGCAAUAAAGAGGCGUGACCACCAUACUUAUAAGAGAGCAUCAGAGAAAAGUGAAAACCCUAUAUUUUGAUCCAUCAAGAGAAAGUCUUCCGUUUCGUCGCAUGAAUGAUUACAAUUGGGCGUGUAAGAGGUUGUCGAUAUUUGCUGUCAGGGACGCUCACAAAACAUAUUUUUGAUCGUGAGUUCACGCUGACUGUAAAUUUGAAAACAACCAAAGAGUGCCUAGUUCAAAUCUGCUGCCGUAUUGUCCUCUCACAUAAUCGGCUUUUCCGGCCAGAUUCAUCUAAAUCAUAGCUAGCGUGGUU